CAAUUCCACUGAUUAUAUGAAUUGUAACAUAUAUUAAACUACAGCACAUACAUAAAUAAGAUUAUGCUAAAUAUUUAUUUUGAUUAUGCAACUUUAAACAAUUUAUAGAACCUGCAUGUACGAAACACUGACACCUGCGAAUGAGAACAGUAAAACAAACGUCAAGUUGUGACAGCCGGAAUAAUAAGUGGGUGAAGAUUCGCUUUUACAAUUAUUCUUUGAGGAUCAGAAAGGGAAUAUCCAAUGCCUUCUCCAUCUCCAGAGUGCACAACUCAAAUUUAUACAUACCAAAGCCUAAGUCAACGGUAUAGUGGCAAUAAAUCACCAGAUCUUCAGCUCACUGUGCAUGAAUAUGGCAAAGAUUCUAUUGAGUUAGAACUGACCAAUUUACAAUAUGCCUUACAGAGGGGUCAACAAAUUAAACAUAUAUGUAUGACUAUUAUAAUUUAUAUUGUUUAUAUCAUAAUGGUAUCCACAAACGUGACACUCCUAAAAGGACACAUGUUAUGUGACCUCAGUUGCCUCUUGUGGUUACUAUAUCGGAUAUUCAACUUAAUGUCCUUAAUUCAAACUGAAAAAGUUAUUAUUUGCUUGGAUCUUGCACUUCAAUGCCAUACGAUACGAUUUUUAAGGCGAACCUCAAAUUUAUUCAUUCCAGCGAACAAUAUUUAUGAUAUAGUAAUAAAUGAAGUUAUCGAAGAUCUUGAUGUGCAUUAUAUACUGAUAAUUCGAACAAAAGGCAGUCUUUUCCAAAAGAAGCCAAUUAUCACACUUUUUAAUUCUUUGCAGCCGUCCUUCGAAUGCUUGCAGAUGACAUACAAAUGUCUCAAUGGAAUUUUUCGCAAAUCAAACGGGAUUACAUAGAUAUAAGUUAUAGCAGAUCCAUUCCAAUCGCAGUUGUUCUCACGUCUUCCAAUAGUG